GAUCAAUCGGUUCGUCUCACAUAUCCAACAAUUAUUUUCACAUUCAAAAGAACGAAUUGAAGAUAUACAUAUACGUAUACAUACAUAUACACAACCACCAAUGCAAUGAACACAACCACCAUGCGCAGUAUGCGCACUUCAUCAACCAUCCUCCAAUCAACCCUCAAAUCGCAGUUCCAUCCCACAAACAACCUAUCAAUAUCACUCCUUCACCCCUCCCCCAAACGCUUCUCAAGUUCGCAAUCCAAUUCCCACACCAGCGCAACCUACCCCUCACCCACGCACCCCACACACCCCAUCAACGGACCUGCCUCCACCCUCCCCGCACCUCUCGAUCUCCCCAUCCGCUCACCCAACCAACCCUUCUUCUUCAAAUACGCCUUCACACUCGGGAAAGCGUAUGCCAAAUUCUACAAAACAGGCGUGAAGAACAUCUACUACAAUUUCCUCGCCUCACGAACCAUCCAAACCACCAUCGACGAGAAAUACAAAUCCUCGCUCUCGUCCGCCGUAAAAGGCGCAUUGCUCUCGCGAUCGGAUUUUCAGCUGCUGAUUCGAAAUCGGCAUGAUGUGAAACGGGUUCCUAUCUUCGCGUUGGUGUUUCUGCUUUGUGGGGAGUUUACCCCGUUGGUGGUUAUUGCUAUUAGUAAUGUAGUGCCGUGGACGUGUCGGAUUCCCAAACAGAUAGAUGCGGAUAGGAGGAAAAUGGAAGAGAGGAGGACGAUUAGUUUUAGAAAUUUAACUAUAAAUACUCCGGCUGCGGGGACUUCGGUGCAGAAUCUCCAUCGUAUGCAAUUGUUGCAUAUUAGUUGGAGUUUGGGUUUGAGUAGUAGUAUGUGGGAUUAUAUAGGAGGGAGAUUACCCGGACUACCGAAUGUGAUUUUAAGAAGAAAGGUGGCGAGGAGAGUCAAAUAUUUGGAGUUGGAUGAUAUGUUGAUUAAGAAUGGGGGAGGCGUGAAACAGAUGUAUGAGGAGGAACUGAGGAUGGCGUGUGUGGAAAGGGGCAUUAAUGUCAUGGGAAGGGAUGUGCAUAUGUUACGCAUGCACUUGAAUGCCUGGUUGAGAUCGAGGGAAAAGGUUGGAGUGGAAACUCUACUUUUGACUAGGUGAGUUUACAGAUAAUUUUGAAACUCAUGGAAUAGCUCAACUAACCAAUCAUUCUAUAAGACCGGCAGCUUGGCCCUCGAUGCCUAAGAUGCUCUAAAUACUCAACGAUCAAUACCACGACUUGUACAACAGCACACAAACGUCAUGUUUAGAUACAUUUCACUUCUAUUUCUUACCUCAUUUCACAAAAUCAUCUCCACAUGUGCAACAAUUGUAGGAUACGAGAAAAGUAAUCAUUCUUCUCACUCAAUAAACGACCUCACUCAGUAUAUAGACAGAUAUAGAUAUAGAAAUAGAAACAU